AUGCACGAAAUAGCGAAAAAAAAAAAAAAAUCUGUGUGCAGUGACAAAAGUUGUAUAGCGGAUAUCUGUUUAGAACAAGCAGAGCAAAGUUACAAUCCUUUUAGGAAUAAACUCAUUGAUGAAGAAGAGGGUAACCAUUUGAAGCCUGCAAAGUGGUACAUGUCGCACGGACAUGACUCCAUCCAUGGGAAAGAAAAUUUACCAAACUGUGAGUCACACGUGAACAGUUCGCUGAUAGACGAACAAAAUGUGCUGGCGAGAAACGAUCAACAUGCGCAUAAUAACCUCUCAAGCAAUUCCACACGCAUAGACAGUUCCGAUGUUUUUUUCCCAACAAAGGAGAAUGGGAACAGUGUCAAGAAGGAAUGCGCCUCAUAUUCGCCAAGCAUAAGUAACAGCCGAAAGUGUGAAUGCAAUGAAAAUGGUAAAACUGGGCAAGAGGGAAGCAUCAAGGAAGGGUCAAAUGGAGACAUGCCGCUUGGACGCAGGAUAAGCGGAUUAAGUUUUUCGGGCGGAAGUGCAUUUGGGAAGGAGGACGAAGAGGUGGGAGAAGAAGAAGUCGAUGGUGACGACGUCGAUGGUAAUGAAGAAGGAGAAGAAGAAAGGGACGAGGAAGAAAAAGAAGCGGAACAUGAAAAAAGCGAUGAUGAUCAAAUUGAGGGUGAUCAAAUUGAGGGUGACCAAAGCGAGGGGGAUCAGCGUGGUGAUGAACGAAGCGGUGAUGAACGAAGCGGUGACGAACGAAGCGGUGACGAACGAAGCGAUGGCGAACGAAGCGAUGGCGAACGAAGCGAUGGCGAACAAAGCGGUGACGAACGAAGCGGUGACGAACGAAGCGGUGACGAACAAAGUGAUGGAGACCAACGCGAUGAAGACCAACGGAAGGACGAAGAAGCAGACUUACCCAUCGACCCCACAACCACAAAGGAAACGCGUCCUAGUCAAGGCAGCAGACGCAAGGAUGACCGCGCUGUCUACGUAAAAAGGGAGGAACAAACUGCAAUAGAAAAAAAAAACAUGUCCAAGGAAAAGACGAACAAGUAUAAAGACAAUUUGAAUUUAUUUAAUGAAGUUUUAAAGCACAAAAGUGAGUUAAGCUAUUUUCAUCAAAAGAUGAUGGAGGAUGAGCAGCAGCAUGAACAGCAGGAUGAACGGCAGCAUGAGCGGCAGGCGAAUCACCUCGUAAGAGGAGACGUACGUGUGAAUAACGAUGCCCACUAUGACGAACGCGUGAGGAGUAGCAAUGUAGUCAAAUUAAGACAAAACGGAAAUGCGCAUCUGUGGAAUAGCAGCUGUUCUAAUGCUGGAGCCUUUUCAGGCAAGUACGAUGUCGCGCAGGUGGGUGUGCGGUCUAAUAAUAGCACGUAUAGUGAGCUCGUCGUGGAUAAAAAUGCCUCUUUUGGGGGAGUUCCCCCCGCAAGCGAAAGCAAUGAGGGAAACGGAGACGACAUGAAUGAUACCGCCGAUUCAGUCAAAUCGGUCGAAUUGAACGGAUCGCCAAAUCAGCGUGAUGGCAGCACCGACAGCUACCGCAGCACCUGCAGCCACGACCACCUCCCCUCGAAAGGGACCCAGAGGGGCGAAUCCAACGGAGCGGAAAAAGAAGGUAACGAGAAGAAAUCAUUGCAGAAGAAAAGGAACUCAAACUUGUACAGCUAUCUAAUCCUAGAAAAUAAAAAGACACAAAUACAAAAAGUAGAAAUGAAAAUAAAUAUAAAAUUUAAAAAUAUUUACUUCGUAAAGUACAAGUAUGUCAAAUGUGUGGUGACUAACAACUCGGGUAUGGUUGUUCACUCGUUCACCUUUUGCAAAAAUGGCACAGAUUUGAAUGCACAGAAUCGGCUUUUUAAAAUGUAUAAUAAGGACAAAGAGAGCUUCAACAUGCUGCAUCGUGAUGAGGUGCAGGUUCUCCUGGAGGAGCUGAAAAGAAUAGCGCACACAGAUGUCACAUUUGAACUCGUGUUCGAUGCGCAGGUGGUUAAUGGGAGGGUCGAAAUAUCUUCAUCAACGUUUUACAGGCUAAGUUUCUACGGCGUCGAGGAGGCGCCCCAGAAGGGGGUGGAGCGAGAUGCGAAGGGGACGAAGAGCAGAGAGACGAGUGCAAAGCUAACUAAAGAGAAAAUGAGUACCCAGGGCAGGGGAAUCAGCGGGACGGUCGCUAAGGUUGGGGCUGCUAAGGGGAAAACUCCCAGCGGGAAGGCCGCUCACGGGGAGGUUAUCAACGGGAAGGCCGCUCACGGGGAGGUUAUCAACGGGAAGGCUGCUCAUGGGAAGGUUACCAACGGGAUGGCUGCUUACGGGAAUGCCGCUAACGGGAAUGCCGCUAACAGGAAGACCGCUAACUGGAAUGCCGCUAACGCGAAUGCCGCUAACAGGAAGGCCGCUAACAAGGUCAUCAACCUGUCCGCGACUAAGCUUGCCUCUAACCACCACCCCCCCACUGAGCCGCUCAAAGGAGCAACGGACCAAACAGCCAAGAGCAGCGCCAAGCCUGUGACGAAACCCAAGGAGGAAAAAGAAAAGAACUCCUACAUAGGAUUCACCAUAUUACACCUUAAGUACCUCUACCAGAUGCAGGAGAAAGGAUCGAUGCAUCUAAAUAUCUCGAAUAACAACAACGAGGAGUUUGAUUUUGUAAAAAACUACAGCAAGGAGGAGCAUUCACAUCACUUGGAUGGAAAAGCAGUUGAAGAAAUGUACUCAAAUAAUUUGAGCUAUGUAGACAAAAUAGGGAUGCUUUUUAAAAUAUUAUUUGGUCAUAGUUUGAAUAUCUCCUCUCAGAAAAUUUUCUUGGAGUAUCGAUUCACUUCAAGUGAUGUGAGUGGUUGGGAUCCUAGUGAGGGUGACUCCUCUGAGAGACAUCCCGAUUUUAAGGGCAUAUUGGAAAUGGUGCAAAAGGGGAGCGUGUCCAACCAUUUAGAAACGAAAAAGGGAGUGGAGGAAUGCAUGAAGAAUUAUCUCAAAACUUGUUCCCAGCAGAUUUACGACGAAAUUACCAUUUCGCUACUUGGUUUGGCAGAGAGAAAAGGAGAACAUAGCGAUAAGGUGUACUGUAGGAAGGACGUGAAGAGUAGAUAUACACAUGGAAGAAGACCCCCUUUUUGUAACUCCCCAAGUGAUGCCACCAUUCAGGGUUCUUCCUCCAAAUGGAAAGCUGGACAGUCUCCUUAUAGGCAGUCUCCUCACAGACACUCUCCUCACAGACACUCUCCUCACAUAGUGCGUAGCGCCGCUAGUAGGGAGGGAACCCCAUACAAAGAGGGCAGUAAAGUACCCAAUGGGGGAUGGGACCAACAUGAAGAUGAAGAAGCGGUAAAACGAUCUAUCCAUAAAAUUUCAGAGGCAUGUCUACCCGACUCAUGCGAAAUAUCACAGAGGUUAAAACCUCACCUGGUCAAUAUGUUGAAAUGGGUAGAGAGAAAGAAGGAGAAAAACAAAAGAAUGGAGAUACUGGAACAUAUCAUACGUAAAUACACCAUUGGCUUCAAUGACUAUCUCGAUUUUGUGGAACUGAGCAACAGCAAUAAGGCAUACAGAGUUUAUGAGGAGAAUAAGAAGUUAAAGGAGUACAUAAAAAACUGCAAUGGUUUUUUUAUCGACACCUUGAUGAGGAACCAUCAGGAGAUACAAAAAUUGAAGCACAGCAAUAAAACUGUUAAUAUAUUGUACAAUAAGGAAAGAAUGAGCAAUUUGGGGAGAAGGGGGACAACCAAAAGGGACUCCUCCGUGGUGGGUGGUCAUUUGGAUGAGAUGGGCGAGCUGGAUGCGCUCGUCGAGCUAGAUCAGUUAGGUGCGAUAAACAUGCUGGAACAAAAAAAUGACAUUUUUGGCAGCAUAAUUAGUAGGAGACCCGUUGGGAAUCUCUCCUCCUCAGCGAGCACAGUGAAGAAAGGAGAGCAGGGAUGUUCCCCCGUUUGUCCAGACAUGACAAGGCAGGAUAAUCAAAGUGGUAAUUACCAUGUGGGGAGAAAAUUAGAAGAAUUUUUUUCGAAAAGAAACUACGCGAAGUUAGCGGCGGAUGGUAGUCGUGAAAACAAAAAGACUGCUCUUCUACAUGGUAAGUCGGAUUGGCUGAAAAAGGGUGGAUUGGUCCUGCAAGACCUUCAAAGAAGAAACUCGUACAGUAGGUCGUCCCCUCAAUUGAGCUCCUUUAGUGCGUUUCAUUUUGGCAAUGGCGGGGUGCUUAGAACCAGUCGGAGCAGCCGAAGCGGCCGAAGUGGCCGAAGUGGCCGAAGCGGACUCGCCAGCGAGCAUACGUGUUCCCACUCGUGUCACCUCGAAAGGGGGAAGUCGCGCGUCGAGCGAGCAGCUUCACGAGGAGGGGGCGGCCAAACGGAGCGAACGGAUCAAAUGGGGAGAAGUGGUCCAAGAGAUCGAAGUGGUCCAAGCGAUCGAAACGAUCGAAAUGAGCGAAGCGACCGAAAUGAACGAAGCGACCGAAAUGAUCUCUCCGAUCGAAGCCGCCUGCUGAAGUUCUACUCGAACCCGAUCGGCGCAGCCCUCCUCGCGCGCGCGCCGAAGAAGAAGGAACAUAGUGAUGCCACCACGAGCAGUCUUGUAAAGAGCUCAAAAGAUACACAUCUACAUGAAAAGGCGAAAUGGAGCGUGUGGAGACGUCGAACUGUUGGGGGGAAUGGUGCGCAGGGAAGUAGGAAUGGCCUUGUGGGGGUGAAUGCCCCGUCUAGCUCUGCACAGUCCAGUAAUCAUGAAAUAAAGCCAAGACAACCUCUUAGUGCGUUGAACAAAAAGAGUAGCACGACGAUAUGCAGUGGAGAAGCGAUCCAUGCUGGUGGCACUGUGAGGAGCAGCCAAAAGGUGAAGUGCGAGAGGGAUAAAAAGGGCGCGACCACGAAAGGGACUCGCCACGCGGGGGACCACCACGCUGAGGUGAACCACGCUGGGAAGCCCCCCAACGGGGAAUGCAACCCAUCGGAAGCACGCCCCGAUUUGCAGAGUCAAAGAUGCGAACGGGAGGUGUCCACAACCAGUUGCAGCAAGAAAAAUGGUCCAAGAGACCUCCCUGAAGGAGGUGGUAACCAUAGUGCAAAUAACCCUAAGGGGAAUCUCCUCAGAAGGACAAAAAACAACUACGACACGAGCGAGGUGUUAAAGAAGGAGUACUUUCAUAAUGCGCAGAUGGGGUCAAGGAAGAAGGGUCAGGCUACCUUGCCCAAUUAUUGGGUGAACCUUCCGAGAAGUGAAAAAGGGAAAGGAAAGGCAAACCUAGCCGAGGGGACGAAUAGCAGUUCGAGUGAGGGCAAAUCUGGUGAGUCGAAGAUAACGCAUGCAGGGGAAGGUGAAAACGCAUCCGUCACAAGUUGGAGAAACGAAUCCGUGACAACGUUGAGAGGUGGUAAGUCGGAGACCAAUACGGGAAGGAGAUCUACACACGUGGGUUCAAAUUCCGAUCACGUGCAUGGGAGGGAAAAAGUAACAGACUCGGUAAUCACCCUUGGAGGAGCAAACAAGGUUAACCACAUAGACAACGUAAAUUACAAAAAAAAAUAUAUCGAAAAAAUUAUAUCAACAUAUGAGGAUUAUGUUAUUCCGAUCAAGGGGGAUGAUCAACGUAGUCAGGGGAGAAAAAUAUGUACAAUUCGCAGUUCAAGCAGUAAGGUGCAGUCACCAAGGGGAGAUACAAACGGUGUCAGGAAGAAGGAAGAAGGGGUGUGUACCCAGAAGGGGAGUCACCGAGACGACAAUGCUAUUAAGUCCAUAAAAGAAAUCAUCGAAUAUAAUUUAACGAGAAAAGGUAGCUUUGAUCUAAACGGUAUAGAAAAAAAGGCGCUCCUCAAAAAUCUGCACAACAGUACGGUUGGCUCCUGUGUGUACCCUGAGGGAGUAAAGGUGGGUGGACAGGAGAGCCAUUCGAAGGCUGUGGCGGGGGGAGAGAAACGACGUGCCCCCAACUCGAAAGAUGCUUACAUCCUUGACCUUAUAAAUAAAAAUUUGAAUAAGUCCUUCAACCAGCUGGACAGGAUAAAGAAGAAGAUGAGCGAGCACUUGGUCGUGUAG